UGGAAAGGAGCUCCCCAGUAAAGCGGUGCCGCUGCAGUGAGCGGCUGUGCUCUGUGUAUGCAACUCAGUGCUCUGCGCCAUGCAAUGCAAAGCUUUGUGAGAACCACUUGCAUGGUGAAAGUUGGUUCAAUUGCUUUGAGAACUAAAAACCGCAGUACUUCUCACUGGUAAUGGAUGUCACGCUCCUUGAACUUGUGGGCUUAUGUUGUCUUUGACUUUUGACAAACUGGAUAUUAUUAUUAUUUUAUUAUUAUUAUUAGUAGUAGUAGUAGUUAUAGUAUUUUAAUUCAGGUAGUCCUGGCUUGAUAGAUUCAAUUGUGCAAAAGACUUACAACGACUUUGAUUUGGUGAUUUUUCUUAAAACGGAGAUGGAUCCAACUGUAUCCACCUUACUGCAGUUAAAACCGAAUUCCUCUUUUUUCGAAGAGGAGGCGAGAAACGAGACGAUUGUCAAUCAGUUCGUCCAGCCGACAUGGCAGGUGACGCUUUGGGCUAUCGCUUAUGCCCUGAUCGUGAUGAUCUCAGUGAUCGGCAAUGUCACUGUCAUUUGGAUCAUCCUUGCUCAUAAGAGGAUGCGGACGGUCACCAAUUAUUUAAUUGUCAACCUGGCGUUCUCUGAUGCUUCGAUGGCUGUCUUCAACACUGUGUUCAAUUUCGUCUAUGCUAUCCACAACGACUGGUACUUCGGGGUUGGGUUUUGCAGAUUCAUCAAUUCCUUUCCCAUCACAGCUAUCUUUUCAAGCAUAUGCUCCAUGACGGCUAUCGCUAUUGACAGGUACAUGGCUAUUAUCCACCCUCUAAAGCCCAGGCUGUCGUCCACCAUCACCAAGGUAAUGAUUGCGGUGAUUUGGCUCGUGGCGUUCUCGCUCACCUUCCCACAGUGCUACUAUGCCAAAACGAUUGUCUACGACACACGGACGAUCUGCCUGGUGGACUGGCCUGGCGACUUUGGCGGUAAACAUCAGCUAACGUAUCAGAUUGCUGUAAUAAUCCUGAUCUAUCUGCUGCCCCUGCUGGUGAUGUUGGUCACAUACAGCAUUGUGGGAGUGACGCUCUGGGGAGGUGAAAUCCCGGGUGCCUCAUCCGAGCACUAUCAGAAUCAGAUCCAAGCAAAACGCAAGGUUGUCAAAAUGAUGAUUGUUGUCGUGGUGACGUUUGCCUUGUGCUGGCUACCUUUCCAUGUCUACUUUAUGCUGGGAAGCUUCAACAGCGACAUCUACAAGCAGAAAUACAUCCAGCAGGUGUACCUGGCCAUCUUCUGGCUGGCCAUGAGCUCCACAAUGUACAACCCCAUCAUCUACUACUGCCUUAAUCAAAGAUUCCGGUCGGGAUUCAGACGGGCAUUCCGUUGGUGCCCGUUCGUGACAGUGACAGAGGAGGACAAGUACGAACUCCAGCACACAAAGACUUUCAGGAUGACACGCAGUUACCGCACCGAAACGACCAGUGUGGUCAAUCAGAACUCAGUCGACCAAGAGGAGACGACAUCGAAGCUCAUCAAAGCUUAAAACCAACACUGGGUGUAGUUUCUGCGAUUAGGGAUACGUUAUUUAUGUAAAGGAUUUUGAUCUCUCUGUUUAAAGUACCUAUACUGGGGAAGAAAAUACUGAAGAGGUAUACAGCUUGUGCUGUAAGGUCAAAAUACUUGCAUGUGGAACAUAGGUGUGCCUCUCUGUUAUUAAUUCAGCCUUUGUGUUUGCUUGCAAGAUGUCUAGAGCAUAAAUAUGCAACAUUUCUUUUUACUAUGAGAUGGGAAUAUGUCUAUAGAAGCUUAAUAUUCAAUGUGCUAUAAAAAUGUACAUUUUAUUGUACUAAGCUGGUUUCCAAGACCCUAUAUAGCUAGUUGUGGACUACCACAUGUUUUGUAAAGCACUAUAAUCAACAGCUCCAGAAGUGGGGGGGUCAAG